AUGGGUCCUGUAAUACAUACCGUACGGUCAGCACCGCUGCCGGGCUCUUCCAACGGAGAUGGAGGAAUCGAAGACGACAUCCAGAUACAAGCGGAGCAAAUACGGCGAGAAAGGAAGCGCAAGGCAGAAGCCGAGGCGUUAACACGCGCAGUCUCGACGCAGCGGGGUCCUCCGAGCACGAAGGAAGAUGACAACCGCCCACUGGUUGGCAACUUGAUCGGGGAAGACCACGUCAAUUAUGUACUCAUGUACAAUAUGCUGACAGGAAUUCGCAUCGCCGUAUCGCGGUGUCAGGCAAAGAUGAGACGACCAGUUACUGAUGAUGAUUUCAUCGCACGACAUAAAUACUCUUUCGAUAUAGUCGGCAACGAAUUAACACCUUCCGCCAAGUAUGAUUUCAAGUUCAAGGAUUAUGCACCAUGGGUUUUCCGCGACCUUCGCGAAGACUGCUUUCAGCUUGAUCCUGCCGACUAUCUACUCUCUUUGACAGCCAAGUACAUCCUCUCGGAGUUAGGCUCACCGGGAAAGUCUGGCUCGUUUUUCUACUUCUCCCGAGACUAUCGCUUUAUAAUCAAGACAAUCCGCCAUUCGGAGCAUAAAUUCCUUCUUUCAGUGCUGAAGCAGUAUUAUGCGCACGUGAAGAGCAACCCACAUACGUUACUCUCCCGCUUUUAUGGCCUCCAUCGCGUGAAGUUGCCCCGAGGUCGUAAAAUCCAUUUCGUAAUCAUGAAUAAUCUCUUUCCUCCACACAAAGACAUACACGAGACGUAUGACCUCAAGGGCAGCACCGUCGGACGAAUUUAUCCGGAAGAAAAGGCGAUGAAGAACCCCCGUGCAGUGUUGAAGGACCUCAACUGGAUUAACCGCGGAAAGACGCUGGAGUUCGGGCCAGAGAAGCGUGCCCUAUUCACUGAGCAACUCCGCAGGGAUUCAGAAUUGUUGAAGAGUAUCAACGUCAUGGAUUACAGUCUCUUAGUAGGCAUCCACCACAUGCGGCGAGGGAAUAGGGAGAACGUGCGAAGUAACACGCUGAAAGUGUUUUCACCGUCUGUUCCCUCAAUUCGUCGAAAGAGUACGGUGAAAGGCGGGCGAUCUCCUGAGGCUAUAGCCAUUCGUCGCGCUAUGCGUGAAUCUGACCCAAGACGAUUGGGGUCAGAGGCACUUCAAUUGCCUGAAGAAGAUACCGGGGAUCGACAGCAAUUUAUAUUCUAUCAGGACGAAGGUGGGUUGCAAGCGACAGACGAGGUCAAUCAACCCAUGGACACGCUGUACUACCUGGGGAUCAUUGACAUCUUAACUCCGUAUAAGUCAUUGAAGAAAGUGGAGCACUUUUGGAAGGGUCUUUCGGCUGAUCGACAUAAGAUCAGUCCUGUCCCACCUGCCGAGUACGCCGAUCGCUUCUUCAGUUUCAUGAAGGUCAUUAUACGCGGUGGAGGGGACCCGACGCGGUUCAAAGCUGAGUGA